AUGUACAUUGUGGCUGGACAAACAGUGACCCUUAGGUGUUCCGCACAAAAUCUUUACCCCUGCCACAAGGUCGAAGUUUUAUGGUAUCGCAACCAUGAGCUCCUCUCUGCUGAGAAGCCAGCAGUAUGGAGGUAUGACCACCUGUGUCACACAGUUUCUCAUCAAAACUACACAACAACCAGCGAGGACAGAGCCAUCAUCUUCACCUGUGAGAUUCGCCUGGGUCUAUCCACAGCAGGAUUCCGAAGCAAGAACGGCACACUGGAGAUCUUCCUGAACACUGGACUUUACAAUGUCUGGAUUGAACCAGCUGACACGGUGGAACGUGCUGGGAGGCCUCUGUCCCUGUCAUGUGGUGCAGACAGUAGCAAUGUCCCUACAAUCACCUGGAGGAAAGCUGGCACAGGUAGCACGGCUCCUUCCCACUGGAACAUCAGCCAGGAAACCAGAUAUUCAACACUCUACAUGGAAAAGCUGGAACCUGAAGACAGAGGAAUUUACAUCUGUGAAAUCAGCGAUGGAGAAAGCCACACGCAACGUCAGAGCUCAGUAGAAGUUUGGUAUGGUCCUCGGAACGUCUCCAUCGAUGGAGGGGGCAGUGUGAGGGAGAGGGAGACACUGGCAUUAACCUGCCUGGGAGAUGCUAACCCUGAAGCCAACAUCACAUGGAGGAGGAGAGAGACCGGGAGCGAGCAGCUGAGGUGGAAUAUUUCCAACUCCCGGGGAAAGUCGGAGCUGAGAAUCGAUUCCCUGAGCCCUGACGAUCACGGGCUUUAUGAGUGCAUUGUGGAGAAUCCACUGGGAGCAGUGAGGCUGGAGGCUCAGCUCAAUGUCCAAUAUUGUCCUCGGAACGUCUCCAUCGAGGGAGGGGGCAGUGCCAGGGAGAGGGAGACACUGGCAUUAACCUGCCUGGGAGAUGCUAACCCCGAAGCCAACAUCACAUGGAGGAGGAGAGAGACCGGGAGUGAGCAGCCGAAGUGGAUUAUUUCCAACUCCCAGGGAAAGUCGGAGCUGAGAAUCGAUUCCCUGAGCCCUGACGAUCACGGGCUUUAUGAGUGCAUCGUGGAGAAUCCACUGGGAGCAGUGAGACUGGAGGCUCAGCUCAAUGUCCAAUAUGGUCCUCGGAACGUCUCCAUCGAUGGAGGGGACAGUGUCAGAGAGAGGGCGACACUGGCAUUAACCUGCCUGGGAGAUGCUAACCCCGAAGCCAACAUCACAUGGAGGAGGAGAGAGACCGGGAGCGAGCAGCCGAAGUGGAAUAUUUCCAACUCCCGGGGAAAGUCGGAGCUGAGAAUCGAUUCCCUGAGCCCUGACGAUCACGGGCUUUAUGAGUGCAUCGUGGAGAAUCCACUGGGAGCAGUGAGGCUGGAGGCUCAGCUCAAUGUCCAAUUUACAGUGAAGCCUGACCAGGGAGCUGUCAUUCUCGGUCUCUGUGUCCCUCUAGCAAGUUUUCUGGGGAUUGGAGUUUUGCUUUAUUUAACUCGUAAACGGCUCUUCAAGGAUCUGAUACAAGGGAAACCUUUGACGUCAGAGAACAGAUCGUCAAAAAUCCCACCGAAUGCCCCCACACAAUCAAGUCCUUGCUGAAGCUUUUGCACUGUGGUCCCCAGGAGUUCAGGAUGGUGGCCAUGGGUCAGGUGGCUACGGUGCACAUUAUCCACUUUAAUCACAAAAUGCUGAAAAAUAAUCAGCUGAGCUGUCGAAAUACCACACUGAAACUUUCAAAAGGACAAAUAUACUGUACAAGUUCAAACUUGGGGAAUGGCACUGCUUCAGUGAUGUACGCUGGUUCCCAGUUCAUCAUGGUGUCAAUGUGAAAAGCUCGCAUCUUUGUUUUUCGAUUAUUUCAUGGCCCAUCCCUCUUCUGUUUUAUUACCCUCUGAACUCUCUAACCCUCAAACCCCUUCCCAAUCCUGGGCUCUUGCAUAUUCCUGGUUUUAGUCCCUGCACUCUUGGUGCCAUGCAUUCAGCUGUUGAGUCGUUAGGCUUUGGAGUUCCAUUCCUAAACCUUUCACCUCUCUGUCUCUCUCUCUCUCUCUCUCUCUCCC